UCCUCUCUCUUAGGAUGGCAGGCUUCAAUGAAAAGUGGGAGUCUUUCUUAUGUUCUACCUUGCAUUCGUCUGCCAGUGCAGCUGAUGAGUCAAGUAAGAGUUUAUAGCUCUAAUGGUCAGAAAAAAGAUCUUGGAUCAGAGGAUACAGCUGUAUCAAUCCCUGAAGAAACUGUGCCCAAAGCUGGAACAGGGCAAGAUACUAACAGUGUAGGUCAAAAGCAAUCUUUCCUGAAAGAGCCAAUUCAAGUGAAAGUGAAAGCAGUCCUUAAAAAAAGAGACUAUGGACCAAAAUAUACACAAAAUAACUUCAUCACUGGAGUCAGAGCAAUAAAUGAAUUUUGUCUUAAAUCCAGUGAUUUAGACCAGCUGAGGAAAAUUAAACGACGAAGCCCCCAUGAUGACACUGAGACUUUCACUGUGUACUUGAGAUCGGACGUAGAGGCAAAGUCUCUUGAAGUUUGGGGUAGUCCAGAGGCUCUUGCUAGAGAAAGAAAACGACGUAAAGAAGCGGAGAUCGAGUAUAGAGAAAAUCUAUUUAGAAACCAAAGGCUGUUGAAGGAGUACAAGGAGUUUUUUGGAAAUACUAAGCCACGCUCCAGUACAGCAUCUAUGUUUCUCAAGGGACCAGGAAAGGUGGUAAUGGUGGCUAUUUGCAUAAAUGGGUUGAAUUUUUUCUUUAAGCUACUUGCUUGGGUUUACACGGGUUCUGCAAGUAUGUUUUCGGAAGCCAUACAUUCUUUAGCAGACACUUGCAACCAGGCAUUACUAGCUUUGGGCAUCAGUCAGUCUGCAAGGACACCUGACCCUAGUCAUCCGUAUGGUUUCACAAAUAUGCGCUAUAUUGCCUCCCUGAUUAGCGGAGUAGGAAUUUUCAUGAUGGGUGCAGGACUUUCUUGGUAUCAUGGGAUCAUGGGUUUACUCCAUCCUCAUCCUAUAGAAUCUCUUCUCUGGGCAUACUGCAUUUUAGCAGGAUCAUUGGUAUCCGAAGGAGCUACUCUUCUUGUUGCUAUAAAUGAAAUUCGGAGGAGUGCUCGAGCGAAGGGUCUCUCAUUCUAUCAAUAUGUUGUGCAGAGUCGUGAUCCUAGUACAAAUGUGGUGUUACUGGAGGAUGCUGCUGCAGUUCUGAGUGUGGCCGUAGCUGCUACCUGUAUGGGUCUGACUUCUUUAACAGGAAACCCUUAUUAUGACAGCUUGGGGUCUUUAGGUGUUGGAACUUUGCUAGGAACUGUGUCAGCAUUUCUAAUCUACACUAACACAGAAGCCCUGCUGGGUCGAUCCAUUCAACCUGAACAACUGCAGCGACUUACCGAGUUACUGGAGAGUGACCCUGUUGUCAGAGCAAUUCAUGAUGUUAAAGCCACAGACAUGGGAAUGAGCAAAGUGAGAUUCAAGGCAGAAGUAGACUUUGAUGGACGGGUUGUUACUCGUUCUUACCUGGAAAAACAAGACGUUGAACAGCUGCUACAAGAAAUUCAACAAGUAAAGACUCUUGAAGAACUAGAAGCCUUCAUGCUUAAGCAUGGUGAGAAUAUCAUUGACACACUGGGAGCCGAAGUAGACAGACUUGAGAAGGACCUGAAGCAACGAAAUCCUGAUGUUCGUCAUGUGGAUUUGGAGAUACUCUAGACUUGACAGAAGAAAUCUUUAGGUUGCUACCAGUUUGGAAAGAAGUUGUGUAAAGGGAUGAAAAGCUUCUGAGACUGCAGUGACCUCAGUACCAUACCUCACUUACUUUUGCUGUAGGCUUCCUGGACUGUUAGCGCUGUUUCUGGAAGAACAUUAGACUCGCAGGCAAAAAUUUCUAUGGCAAAAUCUAUUUCAAAAAGCUACUUUACUUAAUUUCCACAAGAGAAUCUGUCUGAGUGAAUUUACUGCAAUUCAGAACUUGAGACUUGAGGUUUGAUUAGGCAGAUAUUACUGCCUGAAAAUAUAGAGCAUACUUAGUUUUCCAUUGUGUCCCUUUGCAAUCAGUUUGCACUUCGUUAGUUUCUUUCAAGAUAUCGUUAAAGGUUCUUGGGAGAUGUUAAGAUUAACUAGGAAGACUUUGUUCCAGUGGAACCUGCCAACCUUAAACUAGUUGUUAGUUUCCAAUUAUGUAAUUGUUUCACAGAAAGAACUCAUCUCUAGAAAGAAAAUCUAACAGGCACUGGCCUUCUCUCAAGUACCAUGGCCUGGAAACCUGCUUUUUGCCACUGUUGCAGUUCACAACAGCACGUAGCAAAUCCGUUCUUUCCUCAGCGGAGUCAGCUUUAUGUGGCUAGCCCCAGAGUAUGUUGUGUUGCUGUGAAGAGAUUACUGUGUAGAGAUUUCAGUGAACUUCCUCUGUUUAAAUUUUGUUCUUUUCCCCCUAAUUGUACACUUUUUCCUCUUAUUUGUAAAUAUCUUCAGGUGUAAUCUGGGAGAUAUUUAUGACAGUGCUUAUUAAAAGUUACCUGGCAUUUUUGGUUUUUUAUACUUUUAAUAGGCUGUAUUGCCAGAAAUGGUCUUUGCUAGAGACAUCAUGUUUGGAAGUUAUAAUAAUCAAAAAUGUAUUAGAAAUAUUUAUAAUUAAACAGAAAUGAAUACAUUGUAUUUUUAAUUUAUUUAUCUAUAGGUAUUAUCUGUAAUCUGAAUUCUGAACUGCUUGCUUUGCGUUUUUUUAAGAAUCAACUUUGCUUGUCUGGAAGAGUGAAACCAAUAGUCCUCAACAAUCCUGAGAUGAAGUGCCUAGAGUUUAUAAGUUUGAAAUGUACAGUUCUAGUGCUAUAUGAAAUAGGCUUCUAGAAUAAGGCUUUCUGCGAUAGGCACCCAAGUCAGCAGAUAUUUUGAAAAUCAGUCUUUUAAUAAAGUCUAUAAGUAUUGAUCAUGCAAAUCUAUUAAUUGGAAUAUACAUGAAAUAACUACAGAUAAAUAACUCAGAAAAAUCCUUUAUGCACUUUAAAGUAUUUCAGUAAAAUGAAAAUUGCUCAUGGGUGAGAGGUGGCAGUAAGAGCCUCCUAGUGACUCAAUUGCUGAGUAAUUUAAUGACUGAUUUGCUGAGAGAAGAAAUGUUAAUAUGAAACACAAGUCUUAAAAUCAAUUUGUUAAUCUUAAAUUACAAACAUUGCAGUAAAUAGUAAGUGUGGAGACCAAUAUGUCAGGAUUUUAUUAAAAGCUUUAUAAUAUUUUUCAUAUAAAAUGUCACCAGUAAAUUACGAGAAUUGAAAAUAGCUUGGCUUUUGACAAUUGCAAAGCACUUUGCAUGCUGGUCAUUUCAAGUAGAAUAACAUUCCAGACUUUUGUUUUCUAAAAAUGAGCCUUCACAUACAGUAAUUGUGAGUGAAAGGUCUCUUUAGUACCCUUGUCCAUAAUUCCUUUUAACUAGUGACUUCUUUGUAGCAUAUUAGCUUAUUAUGGCUAAUCCAAAAGAAAGUUGCAUUCAUCUGUUUUUUUUCCUAUGGUAGAACUAGUAAGCCUGAUGAUCUGAAAUGCAUUUAGUGAAAAAGUUUAAAGGUAAUUUGCAAAUGUACUGUCUCAAGUAAAUAAGGGAUAUUUUAGCUCGUUAUAAAUCAUUUAACUGCCCCUUCCUGCCUUGUGUGAGCUUUGGCUCAUCUUGGUUUGUGUUCUGUUGAUGACAGUCUCAUUCAUGAAGAGCACUGAAAUCUGAUAAUGCAUAUCCUUUUUCCUUCUUCCUUGAAUAUUUAAAUGGAUUUUGAGUUUGAAUAGACACUUAAAAAUGGUUAUUCCAGAAAUGUUAAAAGCACGAAUAAGAGCGGUGAAAAUGGGAAGACGUUCUUACUGUGGGGGGUUAGUGGAGACAGGAAACGUGAUGUAAAUGGUUUGUAUGCUGGAGUUAGUGAUGAAUGAGUAGAGUUAGUCUGCACUUUGCAGGGAUGAAAUUUCAUUCUAAAUGCAGAAAUGUUCCCAUAGCUGUUUUUUAAUAAGAGACAUGAGCAUAUGUUCUUGUAGGAAGUCUGCUCCAAAGCCUGUAAAAAAAUGAUAUUUUCUUAUUCAUCAGAGAUAUAAUUUGUAUGAAUUCUGAUCUUAAUCUCGUUAUCUGAGUCAGAAGCGUACCCAUCCACACACUUUUUGUUUGUAUUCUGAGUUUCUUCUCUACCAAUUGCAUUAUUGAUUAUAUCAUCACAAUAUGUUAAGUUUAAGAACCUACAACUUGAAUGUUUUCAGUAAUGUUGCUACUGCAUAGUUUCAGGACCUCCUUUCAUUUUUAAAACUGUCCUGGAUGGUGGUGGUGUGUCAGAAAAAGAGGCAGACUGACUGUUUUUGGCAGUUGGAUGAAAAUAUUGAUUCACUGAGUCUGUCAGCUUCUUUGGAAAAGAAAAGUAAUUUCAAAUUGCUAGAGAUAAAUAUAUAUUAUAACGUGCAGAUUGCCUGUUAACAGAUUUUUGUUUAUAUUUUUUUAUUUUUUAAACCUUUAUGGUCUAAAACUUGAGGUGAUGUGGGUCCAGUAUGUAAUUUACUUUUCUUCUAGUGUUUUGGAGGAAAAUUUGUAGAUGGUCCAUUUACAUGACAGAAUCCUCUGAAUUAAAGAAAACUUGCAAAGUG